CGACGAGAAACGUAGUACGGCACUCUACACCGGAAGGGAGUCACGCUGACUAAUCGACCGUUGAAUUAAACGUAGCAUUCACGAUAUUAAUCCGUCGAAGGUUGAUAGUGCUUCCGAAAAAGAGAUAAAUCGAUCGCAGAAAAAAUACGAAUAACAAACACAACUAAUCAACAGUAUAUCCAGUUAUUACAUCGGUGCGCCUGGAAAGAAGGGCUGGUACAACAAGUGCGAGUUGUGUCCCGGUUCGGAAAUGCGAGUGUACGCGGUCUUCUUGGUAGUGGUGUGCUACUUCCUGUGUCCCUUGUGUGCGGGCGACGAUCCAAAGCCGGACAAUGCCUCGUCGUCUUCGAUAGACAAAAACAAGGUAGCUCAGAUGGCGGCGGGCGAACAACGGCUCGGGGAUCAAAUUCGAGCGAUACUGAAACAUUAUCAGCAAGACGAUCCGGUUGGGCUGCCAGGCGCGCCGAUACCCGAUCCUAUGCCAGUUCCGGACAUGAAACACUCCUUUUCCAUAUACACGAUGCAUUUUAAGCAGAUAAACGUCUACGGCUUGUCCAAGUUUCGCAUUGAGCAUGUGGAAUCAGAAUUGGCGCGUAUGCAGGUCUCCGUCUCAGUGAAAAUCGAUGGUCUCGACAUUCGUGGAUUGUACACACUGGCGUCAUGGCUCUCUAAAUCGGCCGGCGAUUUCACGGUGAAGCUAAGCGGCGUGAGUGUCCAAGGUAUUGCCAGGCUCGAAGUCGGUACUGACGGUAAACUGCAAGCCCAAAACAUCGACAUGGACUUGACGUUCGACAAAAUUGACUUGGACUUCAAGAAUCUGGGAUUCCUGGGCUCGGUCUUCCAAGGAGUCAUCAAUUCCAUCGGCACUUUCAUGUUCGAUAGCAUCAAGCCGUUCAUAUUGAAAGAAGUCAAUACGAACGUGAGGGGCGAGGUGAAUAAGCAGAUAUCGCAAUUGCCGCAGUACUUCCCGAACUCGAUUUCACCGUUCGACAUGGCAGUCGCGGAAGCUCGCAGACAAGUCCGCGCGAUGGGCUACGAUCCCUACAGGGUGCCGGACUAUACUCAGAGCGCUGGCAUAUUCACCGUGAUCUCGUCGCACACUUGGAUCACUGGCUUGGCUAGUUUCUAUCGCAUGGGAAACAUUACCAUAACUAUGCAGAAGGGAAAUGUCUACGCGCUACUGGACGUUGGCACCCAGGAGCUCAAAGGCAAGACGCACUGGGAGAUGAGCGUGAUCGGCGGAGUCCUGUCACGAGCCGGCACAGUGUCCUUCACCGUCCAGUACUUCCGCGUCCAAAUGAAGCUGAGCCAGCCGUUGGACACGCGGAAACGCGCCUCUCUGGAGGAGCUGGAGCUCGAGCUGGGCAACAUUCAGACGAGAAUUCACGGCGCUGGCACGUUGGACUAUCUCGUGGAAGCCAGCGUUAAUAUAUUGCCGAACCUUUUAAGAUAUCAAAUUAUGGACGCCAUUGAGGGACCUCUGAAGAGACGCAUACAGGAGGAGCUAAACAAAAUAGAUGUAGAGAAAUUGAUCGACGAUAAGAUACCGGAGAUAGAGGAGCAAGCUAGGUGGAUGCACGGUUUAAUGCCCGCGGAAGAAACGAUUUUGGAGACAUCGACUCCGCCGCAGGAUCAAGACAGUCAGGUGCCAUUCUCCGACAGCGAAGAGAAUCGAGGACCAUCGUAAGAAAUAUAACACACGUACAUUGAACUCUUUUUAACUUAAAUCAUCUUCAUGAAGAAGGAAACGUUAUUAGCGAAAUAUUAUAUUAUAAAGUUAAACGAUGACAGCUACAAUGCAAAUAUUGUACUGCAGUUAUGCUGCUCGUAAGUAAUUAAUAUGAGAGAUUGCGGGUUUGUAAAAAUUAUACAAACGACGUUUGAGAUAUUAAAUCGCAUUUUUAUUGAGAAAUAAAUUAUUAUACAGCGAAAUUUACUAUGUCAAUUAUAUUACGUUAUAAGCUGAGUAAUAAUUACGAAUUUGUAAAAAGCGAAUAAAACUAUGGAAGAUCGUGCGAAAA